AUAGUAAGCUCAAUUGGUGAUCGGCCUGAACUGCACUGCGACGCAUCUCCUCCAUUCUCGCUCUCAUGUGCACGUUGUUCCCAACAUCCUCUCUAACUUUUGAAGCGUCAUCUGUUUGGUGACCAAUAUACAUGUCCUAAGUUUGUCGCGCUUCUGACAUCACCACCAUCACCUUCACUACAAGCAUCCUCAGACACGCGAAAGUGAGCGUUAUAACCCAUCAAGCAUAAAUAGAUUUCCUCUAUCCAACACAACCCGUACCUACAAGCUGGCGGACCCAGUGUUGGCAACUUCAAAGCCUCGGUGUGCAAGUUGUGCUGCACUCAAGUCUCACUCUCCCACCAUACCAGGGCAUUACUUGUCUCAUUUCCCUUCAUCAUGCCAUCUACCAGGCGUGUGAGAAUCCUUGGGAUCUUAGUUGCGGUCCUUGUGUUCACCAUCCUCUAUCUAACGGCCGAUGCCCGACAAGCUCGCGAUUCGGACUUUUAUCAAAAGACUGUUCACGCCAUGGACGCGCACAACGGGAAGGACACGGAGGCAGCCGAUGUCGGUCAACGACUCAAGAAUGCAGAAGCUGCGGCCAAGAAAGCGGCCGAUGCUGCGGGAGAAAAACACAAGGAAGCAGUAUUGGGUGUGGAUAAGGAACCCCUAGAGCUUGACGAUGAGAUUGAGAAGAGUGUCGCCGGUCGCAAAAAGAUGAACAAGGCCGAGAAAUGGGAGGUUACACCCGCGGGCGGAAAGGAGGCGAAACCUUCUCCACCUGCCUUGUCGCCGGAGGAAGAGGAGCUUGAGAAUGAAUUGAAUGAUAUUCUCAAGCGCAGCCCAAUUAUCAUCUUUUCCAAAACCCACUGCCCCUUUUCCAAGAAAGCAAAGCACAUCCUAGUCGAGAAGUACAAGAUUGUUCCACCGCCCUUUGUCGUCGAGCUUGAUGAACAUCGUCUGGGUUCUCAACUACAAGAUAUACUCGAGAAGAUGACUGGCCGACACACUGUUCCCAAUGUCUUAAUCAAUGGCAAGAGCAUUGGUGGAGGAGACGACGUCGAGGAACUGGAUACCUCAAAUACUUUGAUCGAUAAGGUCAAGCAAAUGGGAGGGAAACGGAUCAUGGAAGCCAAGCUCAGCGAGGCUUGAGAUUACGGCGCCUGACGCUUUUUCCAAAUCCUUUUCCCUUUAAUUUGUCACCGAAGCCGAAGGUUUAAAAUCCAUGGCAACGUUUCUCCUGUGACGAGCGAAUCAAGAUUGUCGACAUUUCUACGGGCGUUAAAAGGAAGGGGUUCUUUCAUUCAUGCUUGGGGCGCGGUUUCACCCGAGCGCCGGUCUCAUAGAAAAUUGUCUUGGAAUUGGUAUCGGACUUGGUGUUUUGGUUCCGUGGUUUCGGGCAGAUCUCCCAACUUGAACUCAACUGUCUCGCCUUCUUGUAAAGCUGAUUUGGCAUUGUACAUAGCUAUUGUGGUGCCUCGGAAGGUUGUCGCCGUUUCCUUUCCUUUUUCUGGCAAGCACCAAGUAUGAUCAUAGACUUUAAAUAAAAUUCCAAGCAUUACUGAACUAGGC